CCGGAUCUCCCAACCUGUUACAUAGACCUGCACAGGAAUCUCAGCACAGAGUGCGUAUGUGGAGAGGCAGAAGAUGGUUUUUCUAACAACUACAAUUAUGCAAAGGACUGCACUCUUUGUGACGUUUGGGGGUUUGGUCACUUCUCUGAUCACCACCUUCCUUCCACUGUGGAAGACGAUGAACUCUGACCUGAACGAAGUGGAGAACUGGUACUCUGGAUUAUGGCACACUUGCCUCUACACCGAGGAGGUGGGGGUUCAGUGUAAGGCUUACGAGUCCAUCCUGGGACUGCCGAUGGACCUGCAGAUCUCCAGGGUGCUCAUGUCGGUGUCUAUAGGCACUGGAGGUUUAGCUCUGCUGGCUGCCUUCCCAGGACUGGAGGGGGUCGAGAUGUGUGUGCGGCAGCCUGGCCUGAAGAGACGGUUGCUCAUCCUCAGCGGGGUGCUGUCCUGGGUGUCGGGGCUCACCACUCUGGCUCCUGUCUCUUUUGUGGCCUACACAACAGUGGUGGACUUCUGGGACGAGGGUUUUCCUGAUGUGAUGCCACGGUGGGAGUAUGGAGAGGCGAUGUUCUCUGGAUGGUUUGGAGGUUUGGCUCUGGUCAUUGGAGGGACUCUCUUCUUUGUAGCUGUGUGCAUGGGGGACUUCGACCAGAGGCCACCAAGUGUUCCAAACAGCCCGCAGGUGAAGCACAGGACAAAGCACUACCUGAAGACAGAGGUGUUAUAGACUUCUUAUUGUCAAAUGUGUCAUUGCACGUUCAUGUACUUCAUAUGCAGGCCUGUCAGAUUGUAGACUUGAGUGAUGAGAUACUGACAUUACUUGUGAAAUACUUAAGUAGCUUUAUUUGUGUGACAGUGACAAGAAUAACAUUUCUGACUAAAUUAUCAUGAAAGCUAUACAGAGGUUUGUGUUUUAUUUGUUUAUUUCUAGUUACUGAAAGUAUCAAACACCUAUCUGUAAUUUCAGUUUCUGAUUAAUAGAGAGAUUUUCCUCAUCAGGUUUUCACAAACUAUUAAAGUAAUGUGAGAUAAUAAGCAGCUGCAGUAGUGUUUAUUACUUUAAAGUUAAAAGGAUAGGAAGGCUUUAUUUACCAGUGGAUAUGCCAAUAAUGCACAUAAAACUUAUCUUAGAAUAAGAGUAGAAAUACCACGACAGAAUAAUAAUAACUUACAUCUAGUGUGGUGCAAUGCCAAUGUAUUUCAGACCAGUUAAUUCUGAUUCUGGUUCUUACUGUUAUAUUACCAGUGACCAAAUUGAUUGACUGGUCUUUUAAUUUAAGGAGUACUGAUUAUACAAAAUCAAACUUACUAUUGUUCUCCGAUGCUGAUGGUACACCAGUAAUGUUUGAAAAUCAGGCUUCAGAUGAGAAACAAAGAAAACAUAUGUUUUGUACAUAUGUGAACAUACUUGUGAUUUAGAGGUUUAGAUUUUAGAGGUUAGUUUGAAGAGUAAAAUUUGGAUAAACGUUCAUCAUUGUAGCUUCUAAACAAAUGUGCUAGAUGAAGAAAGUAUCAUCAUUAGGACCAAAUUUAGUGUAAAAUAUGACAAAAACAACAAUAACCUAAAUGUUAAGUACAUGAAGAUGUAUAGCAGUACACUAAGUAAAUAGCUACGCUCCAGCCCCAUGGUUGGCUGGUCUCCCCAGCCAAUCUGAACAAGCAUGGAAAUGUCCAACAUUAGUGGUGCACAGGGUCUGUGAACCCACUGCCAGGGCAGGAGUGUAUAGUUGCAUUCCAGUGCUGCAGCUCUUCUGUGUUAAAUUUCGUUUCGGGGAGGGAAUUGGCACCACCAGCUCCUCUUAGUCCUUAAUACACUAGCUUUGGUAUACUGCUGUAUGUUGUGAUGAUUAGACCUGAUGUGGACAUGUUUUGUCAGUUCUUUGGAUGUCACAACAAAUCGCGAAAUGAUACAGAAUAAAUUACACAAAUCAGUUUG